GACCUCAAGCGGUGAGUGUUGGACAUUCACGGCUAAACCACAGCUCCUGUCAUGCGAGCUCCAUAUGCUUGUCAAAGCAGCAUAGCAAUGGGGAGUUCACCAACAGCAGCGCUGUUUAAACAUACUACUAACUAACAGUUGAAAACAAAACCAGAAAAACCUACCAGCUCUUAUCGGCAGAGAAUAGCUUGUCAACGCCGGUGAACGAAGCCAUGGACCUGAGAGACACCGCUCCGGAUUCGUGGGAGCUGGAGGAAGAUGCCGAGGCCCCGGCCACCGCGGCGGAUCUCCCGGGUGCUUUCGCCGCACUCAACGUCAACGCCAAGCCGUUUGUACCCAACGUCAACGCUGCGGUGUUUGUGCCCAGUUUCCUUCAAACCACCACGUCGGAAACCCCUCCUUUAGACGGUGCCCCAUAUCCAGUUGGCACCAUGGAGGUGGCACAAACAAUUGCUCCCGUGGAGAACGGUGGCUCCGAGGCAGACAUUUCCACGGAGGAAGUGACGUGGGAGCAAAAUGACAGGGAGCCUGGUGUAGGUGGAGGACAAGAGGACCUGGGGGCGGCGGGGGAUUGUCAGCCGUAUGCUGAGAGUAAGGAUGAUGAUGAUGAGGAAAUGAUGAUGAUGGAAGAGGAAGAGGAGGAAUUGCCCAUGCCUAAAGUGGUGCCUUUGACGCCGGACGCCCCCAAGAAAGAGCAUGUGAACGUCGUCUUCAUCGGUCACGUGGAUGCUGGCAAAUCAACGAUUGGUGGACAAAUCAUGUAUUUAACUGGAAUGGUGGAGAAGCGAACUUUGGAAAAAUAUGAAAGGGAAGCCAAAGAAAAGAAUAGAGAGACAUGGUACCUGUCGUGGGCUCUGGACACAAACCAGGAGGAGAGAGACAAAGGGAAAACGGUGGAGGUUGGCAGGGCGUACUUUGAGACGGAGAAGAAACAUUUCACCAUCCUCGACGCUCCUGGACACAAGAGCUUUGUCCCCAACAUGAUCGGAGGAGCGUCACAAGCUGACCUGGCCGUUCUGGUGAUCUCAGCAAGGAAGGGUGAGUUUGAGACCGGCUUUGAGAAAGGUGGACAGACUCGGGAACACGCCAUGCUGGCUAAAACAGCUGGUGUUAAACAUCUCAUUGUCCUGGUCAACAAGAUGGAUGACCCCACAGUCAACUGGAGCCUAGAUAGGUAUGAGGAGUGUAAAGAGAAGCUGGUGCCAUUUCUAAAGAAGGUGGGCUUCAAUCCCAAGAAGGACAUCUACUUUAUGCCUUGCUCUGGACUCACAGGUGCCAACCUCAAGGACCCCCUACCUGAAUGCCCCUGGUACACGGGUUUGCCAUUUAUUCCCCACUUGGAUAGUUUGCCAAACUUCACCAGAUCCAGCGAUGGCCCUGUCAGGCUACCUAUCGUAGAUAAGUAUAAGGACAUGGGUACAGUCAUUCUCGGGAAGCUGGAGUCCGGGUCGAUCAGCAAAGCCCAGCAGCUGGUCAUGAUGCCAAACAGGCACAUAGUGGAAGUAUUGAGCCUCCUCAGCGAUGAAGUGGAGACAGAUGAUGCAGGUCCUGGGGAGAACCUAAAGAUGCGGCUCAAAGGCAUAGAGGAAGAAGAGAUCCUGCCUGGUUUCAUCUUGUGCAGCCCUGACAACCUCUGCCACACGGGACGCACCUUUGACGCUCAGAUCGUGAUCAUUGAGCACAAAUCAAUCAUCUGUCCUGGUUACAAUGCAGUCCUUCACCUCCAUACCUGCAUUGAAGAGGUGCAGAUCUCAGCCCUAAUCUGUAUGGUGGACAAGAAGACGGGAGAGAAAAGUAAAACACGACCACGAUUUGUCAAGCAGGACCAGGUUUGUAUUGCUAGGUUCCGAGCAGCAGGGGUCAUCUGCAUGGAGACUUUCAAGGACUUUCCUCAGAUGGGACGGUUCACGCUGCGAGAUGAAGGCAAGACUAUUGCCAUCGGCAAAGUGCUGAAGCUGGUACCGGAAAAGGACUAAAUGCAACAAUGGCCAAAUAUGUGAAGUUGUUCUGCUUGUCACCAGGGGAGAAACGCUACAACAGCUACCAUUCUCUUAUGUACAACUGUGCUGAAGAAAAGAACAUCCAAGGAAAAGAGGGAAUUAAUCGUGUCAAAUGAAGAAAAAGAGACUGGAUCAGUUUUUAUGAUGAACUAUCUAAAGAAGAAAGAGAGAGACAAAAAAAAAGUCCAGUGUCCGCGUUCUCAUAUUGAGAGCUCCAAUGCCACUAAUGUAGCUUACAUGACUCAAAAUACUGUAGGCUGUCCACACUUUGUUUUUACUAUGGAUACAAUGUUACUAAAUCCAGGAAAAACUACAGAAUAAUUUUGUCUCCUGCAAAACAAAUCACGCAAUUCUAAUUUGAUAAUCCAUUGGACGUUUUAUUUUCUGAGUGUUGCUGUACCACCAGCAUUAGUUUGGUUUCUCUCACACACUACUCUGAUGAACAAACAAACUGUUGCAUAUUCAACAUUAAAAAAAAAAAUAAAUGAUGAUGCUAGAUUUGAAACGUGUUUCUGGUUCUUUUACUGAAGUUAUAAGAGU